AUGGAUACACCCAAGAUCCCGCCGCCCCGGGACGAGGGCGAGAAGCAGGUGCUCAAGGAGCUCGAGCUCGUCCUCUCGGAGCUGCAGAUCCUCAGGGCGGACCGCGCAAACUAUGUCCGCUCCCAGGAUGUCAUGGUCCUCCACGACAGGACCAUUGAGCAGGUCCGCCGGCUCAACGAGAUCAGGCAGGGCAAGAAGACCGAGGAAAACAGAGUCGACCGAGUAGUGGACAGCUGCUUCCAGCUCCUGUCCUUGUUCUUCAUGACGAUCGGACGCAAUAAGGAAGCACCGGCCGCCUACGCCCUUACAUCGACCAUCAAGCGUCUCCUCGACCAUCUUACCGAAGCCGACCUAUUCUCCGAGAAGGAUCUUGCCAGCAUGUCACACACACUGAAGCGCCUGUCGGGCAUCCUGGAGAAGGCACAGCUGGAGGACGACUCGACGCCUUUCCUCCUGACUCUCCUUUCUAACAGAAUCGAGCGAUGCCAGGAUACCCUGAAAGCCCUUAAGAAGAGACUGGAAGACUAUGCAAAGCCCAUCCUUGCUACUCACGAGAAGCUUGUGUCCAUCCUGCGACAGAUGGCUGCCAUCAAUACCAAAUCCAAGUUCAAACCUGAAGACAUCCACAAAGCCCAGGCACAUCUGAAAGAUAUCGACGAGAGGAGGGUCAACGGUCAGUUUGUUGACGAGGAUGGCAAUGUGCUGGCUGGGAGUGACCAGGUAUCAUCCCUCUUGGAUCGAUGCCAAAGAUAUACCCAUGUCGUAUUGGAGAGGGCUGGGAAUAUCCCCGAACAGUGGAAACCGCUGUACAGCGUUCUCGUUGGCAUUCGGAACGAACUUGAUAAGCUCUCGUUGACUCAGGCUUGGUCUCUUCGCGAGACCGAUCUCUACGAUUUCCAACGCCAACUGGACAAGAUCGACGAAAGCCGAGUCGACGGAAACUGGCUGGACGAACACGGCCGCCCAGCUGAGUUAUAUGUGCAACGGACACUCCUGUAUCUUAUCAGGCGUAGCUACGGUUACAUCUACCAUCUGAUGAUAUCGUCCGAGCCGGUGUCCGAAGCGUUGCUGCCAGUUUACAACCAACUCCAGACCCUGAAGCGCUGCCUGAUUGAACUCACCUCCAUCGACAACCUUCAGAAAGACGGAAAGUUCAUGGUUGGUGACGAUAUUCCCGAAGGCCAGGGCGCCGUUCUGGACUUGCUGAAUGAAUGCUUCGACCGAUGUUAUAAAUUGCGAUUGGUUGCCACAGAAGCGGAGGAGGCAGCUGCGGAGCAGGCCUAG